AUGAAAAAUAGAGAUCAUCUACUAGAGGAAGAGUUUGAUGAUACAGAAAUCGAAUCACCACUAAAGUCAAUUAAUUCAAAUGAUCAACAUAAACAAAAUAAUGACUUCACAUCAAAAUCAUUCUCAAAUUUUAGAUCAAAUAUCAAUGUUAGUGAAGAAAAAUCACCAAUUAAUAGAUUAAAUAAUGAACUGAAUUUAAACAAAACUUAUCGAAGUAAUUUAGGCAUCAACCAAUCAAUCGUUAAAUCUCCACCUUCAUUAAAGUUUGAUAAAAUUAACGCAAUUGAUAUGAAAUCAUUCCUUUCAGAACAAGAGGUCAAUGACGUACCAAUCACCACUAAGUACAACCGUAAGCGUCGAAACGAUUCAAAAAGUCUAGACUUGAACAAAUCAACUACAUCUUUUGAAAGUGUAAACAAAGUUUCAAAGCCAAUACUCAAGAAAGUAAAAGAUUAUUCCAAAAAUUCCAAUGAACAUCAAAACACUCCCAAACAAUCGAUUUUAGACAAAGUCAAUAGCACACUAGACUCAUUACAAAAAGCUAAAACACCUUUAGCUACCACGGGUCUUUUUAGUAAAGCAAAAAACGCCUCAAAGUUUGAAGACGAACCAGAUUUUGAUAGUAAUUUCGAACCUAAAAAUUUUAAUCAGUGUUAUGAAAAAAAACCUUUAGACAUAUCGACUCCAAUUAUUAACAACAAAUCAAACUCGUCUCCAAUAGCAUUUGAUGCAUGGUGGCCAACUUCUAAAUGGUUGAAAUUAGAGAGGGUUAUAAAUCUGGAUUCUAUUAAUAGAGAAGAUGCAAUAAAUAGUUUAUUAUUGAUGAAAGAAUUGGGAUGUACGAAUAAAGAAGAAUUACAGUCAAGAUAUGAUUUUCUUCAACAUUACAGAUCUAGAACAAGACUACCGAAAAUGGACUUAUAA